AAACAAACAUGACACAGCGUAUAUCGCCAGGCAGAGGGCAGGAGGGAGAUUUUGUUUUACGCAGAGAGAGAGAGAGGGCUCUGCUAUAUGUGAAGUUAAUGUUUCAGGAUUUUCUUUUGUUUCUGUGUUUUCAAUCCUUAACCUAUUAGAUUCUCUUUUGUUUUCUGGGCCUUGUACCUGUUGGUUUCUUCCUCUUCUUCUUUUUCGGGUCCCCUCUCUCUCCCUCUCUCAUUAUCAAAAUCAUUUGGGGGCAGCCGCAGAAGAGCAUACUAGGGUUUAUCAAUUGCAGAUCAAAGCCCAAGAAGCUCAGAUUUUCUAGGGGUUUCUUUUACAUUUUUUAGAUCUCUCCAUUCAUCAUCUUGUUAAUGUAAGUUUGUUUUCUCUUCUGUUUCUGUUGCCCUUCAAUUCAAAAUCUGAAAGUGUGAAAUUUCCUGUUUCCGAAUUUCGACUUCGAGAUAUGGGGUGGACAUGAAUAGACUCGUCUAUGAUUCUUCUCUCUAGUUAUUUUCCAUUACGCUGUUUCCUUUUUAAAUGUGCAAGGAUUGGGGUUCUGUCGAUCAGCUCUGAAAAUGCCUUCUUCUUGAGGUGUUUUAAGGUGGGAGCUUUCAUUUAUUGUUGAGAUAAAUUAGAAUUAGGGCUUGGUUUAGGGUUGGAGCUUUCUUAGUAGAUAUGAUCAAACAGAUAUUGGGCAAGCUACCUCGAAAACCCUCAAAAUCCUCGAAUACUGACUCAAACAAUGACGGUGGGGUCAAUGCCUUUUCGUCUCUAAAUUCUUCCCAUGGACCCAAUAGCACCUCAAAGUCUUCAUCCAUUUCCUCAAAGUCUACCAACUCGGGUUUGGGUGCUUCACGCAUGAACAAUGGGACCAUUGCCCCACAGAACAAAUCGAAUCAAGGGAAAAAAUCCGCCUCUGUUGCAGGUCAAGUGGAUCCCGUGUUGGCUUCUGGGGUUUACGAGCCAUUGCCUAACUUCAGGGAUGUUCCCAGUUCAGAGAAGCAGAAUCUCUUUGUUAGAAAGUUGAACAUGUGCUGUGUUGUGUUUGAUUUUAGUGAUCCCUCUAAAAAUGUUAAGGAGAAGGACAUUAAAAGGCAGACUUUGCAUGAGCUUGUUGAUUAUAUUUCUUCUGCGACAUCAAAGUUUAACGAGGUGACAAUGCAAGAGAUUACAAAGAUGGUUGCAGCUAAUUUGUUUAGAACACUUCCAUCUGUGAAUCAUGAUAACAAGAUUCUAGAAAUGUUUGACCCAGAGGAGGAUGAACCCACCAUGGAGCCGGCAUGGCCUCAUCUUCAAAUGGUGUAUGAGUUCCUUCUUAGAUUUGUGGCUUCAACAGAGACUGAUGCCAAGCUUGCCAAGAGAUACAUUGAUCAUUCGUUUGUGUUGAAAUUGCUAGAUUUGUUUGAUUCUGAGGACCAAAGGGAGAGGGAGUAUUUGAAGACGAUACUGCAUCGCAUUUAUGGGAAAUUUAUGGUACAUCGACCAUUUAUUAGGAAAUCCAUUAACAAUAUCUUUUACCGUUUCAUAUUUGAAACGGAGAGGCAUAAUGGAGUUGCGGAAUUGCUUGAGAUAUUGGGCAGCAUAAUUAACGGGUUUGCUUUGCCCUUGAAGGAAGAGCACAAGCUCUUUCUAGUCCGUGCUUUGAUUCCUCUUCACAAGCCCAAGUGUGUAGCUAUGUACCAUCAACAACUUUCGUACUGUAUCACUCAAUUUGUGGAAAAAGAUGUCAAGCUUGCUGAUACUGUAAUUCGAGGUCUUCUAAAAUAUUGGCCCAUAACUAAUAGUUCCAAGGAGGUUAUGUUCCUUGGUGAGUUGGAGGAAGUUUUAGAAGCCACUCAGGCAGCAGAAUUUCAGCGUUGCAUGAUCCCCUUAUUCCGUCAAAUUGGUCACUGUCUCAACAGCUCACAUUUUCAGGUGGCUGAACGUGCAUUGUUUUUGUGGAACAAUGAUCACAUAAGGAAUUUGAUCACACAAAACAGUAAAGUGAUAUUGCCUAUAAUCUUCCCUGCUUUGGAGAGAAACACAAGAGGUCACUGGAACCAAGCUGUUCAGAGUCUGACACUGAAUGUGAGGAAGAUAUUCUCAGAUGCUGAUCAAGAACUUUUUGAUGAGUGCUUGGUUAAAUUCCAAGAAGAUGAAGUGAAGGAGAGAGAAAUACAGGAGAAGAGAGAAUCAAUAUGGAAAAGACUGGAGGAUGUAGCGGCCUCUAAGGCCAUAAGCAAUGAGGCUGUGCUUGUCUCAAGGUUUGCCUCUGUAGCAAUUACAACUGGGACAAGUCCACGGGCUACUGCUGGUAGUUGAGAGGCUGGGUUGUGAGUCUACCCUUGUUUGUAGUUGAAUGGUAUAGGAGGGGACUUCAUUGGCAUGAUUAUGGAAAUUGAUGUUUGGCCUCUUUUCCACUGUUUCUCAUAUUAUCUCAUGGAUUUUAUGCAGGCAGGGCUCCUAGGGAAAAGGGUAAUCCUAUUUUUUGGGUUCUGGGUUCAUUCUGUUUUAUUUUUCUCUUCAGCCAUUAAAGUGUAAGUGUUUGUAUUAUAAGGGAUUUGAUUUAUAGAGGCAGUGCUUCAGAUUUCCUGCCUGAUAAUAUUUAUUUCCUGUAAUGAUGCAAAGAAGAUUUUUCCUUA